ACGUAAACACUUUGAACAUUGUAUUUUGUUUUGAUAUGCGCAUCGCAUUUGUAGGAUUAUAGUAAUAAUUCUCGGGUUCUUGUCAACCAUUUUGAAAACAUUGGUAUGUACAGCCGCUGAUUGUUGCUUAUAUAGGGAAAAAUCGCGCCAAAGUCAAAUUUAAAUCGCGUUAAAUUCACUAUAAUUUGAUAUGUAUUUUUGUAGUUAUGGAUUUAGAAACUACAUUGUGUUUAAUUCAUUAAAAGAUUGCAGUUAAUAAGGAAAUAGUGGCCAAAGUCUCUAACUGAUAUAAAAUUAACUGUGAAGUUCGCUUGAUAUGCCUUGUAAUGUCUGGCUGUAUUAUACUGACGCCCGAAAUUUAGCAAAUUUUUGAGCCAUUUCAUUGACUGUCCCUCAUUUCUUACCGUUUAUCACUGCGUUCGUUUUUGUUAGUUAAAUACCAAGUAAACCUUUUUUCAUAAUAUUUUUUUAUCAUAAGAUAGCCUAAUUACACUGGCCUGUAGGGCCAAGUGUCUUAAAUCCCCCUUUUUCUGUUUUUUUUUCGUAGUCGAGAAAUCGAGUUUGCGUUAGCUCAUCGCAGGCUCAUGGUGCAACGAUUAAGCCAAAAUGCCAUCGAUUCUCUCGGUUCCAUGAUUUAGACAAUAUAGUAAUAAGUUCGGUAUUUAUGUACGUAAUAGCCGACUCAUGCCAUGCUUGUGGUACAUUUUGUGUUUAUUAGCCCAUACACUUGUACGCACGCGCACAAUUCCGAACUCCAAUGGCGACUUUUCACAGAGUGAUCAAACUAUAUUUUACACAGUUUCGUUGAAUUUUCAAAAGAAUUGUGCCGGUUUCCUAUGGAAUUUACGUUGUGUCGAACUCUGGACUUUCUUGCGUGUUGAAUUAAUGUGUUUUUCUUUGUGUAACGACUCGAAAACCACAAAAUUUGGACCCAGCGAAUUUACACAAUAUAUAGAAGGAUAUUUAAACAAGGACAAGUUAAAGGUUUGACUAUAAAUAUACGUUGUGGACUCAUAACAUCCCUUGUGUACUUAAUUCCUUACGAUAUUUUUAGUCAAAUGUCGACAAUAUACCUUUAAAUACAUGUAUUAAAAUCCGCGCAGUACUAGAAUUAGUAGCGCUGGCCGCUGGGUGCGGAAAUUUUAGUACUGCACGAAAAUUUUAGUACUCCUACUCUUCUGCGCCGUAUUCAAACGAAACUUUGUACAUGAUGUAUUUUACUCACAUUGACUCUGAGCAAAUUCUGAAGAGUUACUAAAGUAUACUAAAGCGGUGCAUUGCCUGUUAAUGGAUUACCAAUGUCAGAUGUGUUUGUUAACCCAUUUACUGACAGUACUCUGCCACUAACAAGUAAAAUCGUCUGGCGUUACAGUGUAAAUUGGUCUGGCGUUAGCCAGAGUUAAGACAAAAGUAGUGUGUAUUGUAAUAGACCUUAAUAUCCACUUUUGACCCAAUGGAUUCAUUUUCAUGUUGGCUAUUUACUCGUAUUCCGUGCACACAAUUUAAGAAUGAGUUUGUGAACAGGCUUAAAUGAUGGACGAAAAGGAAACAUUGGGGAUAUAACCGAGAAUUGUCUAGAAGUAUAAAUUUUUGCAUUCUGUUAAUACGCCAUAAAGGCCAGCACUUUCCUUGCGAUAAUAACUCCUAGUAAUAGAUUUGCACCAUUACUUCUCCCGAAAAGAUCUUUUAUUUUUUUAAAAAGUCCAUAAAAUUUGCUUGCGGUUUAAGAUUUGUAUUCCUGCCUUUUGCGCCAUAGCACGUAUCUCGUUAUUUUCAGGCCAGUGUGAACGCCUGAGUAGGCGUCUUGUUAUAAUAAAAAACCGCUUUGAGUGCCAUGUUUUCAAAUUUGAGAACAAAAUGCUUAUAUCGCGCAUUGAUUUAAAAACUGCAUUGAUAAAGUGUUCUUUUAAAUUUGACGAGCUAAUUUGAGCAAUAAUUUUCCCAUUAGUAAUUGAAUAAUGACCAAGCAAAACACGAUCAUUUUUGUCUUGUGAAACAAAAGUCAUUUACCGCCAAUCAUAUUGUCACCCGUCGUAAAAUACGAUUUUUAUUUCACUCCGGUACUGUACGAAAAUUUAUAUACGUAUAUAAUAAGUCAUAAAAAGAUUUUUCCAGAAAGAUAUAUAGGCCUAAGUAUGAUAUUAUAAUAAUGUCUACCAUGAUGUUUCAUAUGUGUCGGCAAGAGAGUUUGACAGAAUUUAACAGAGAUUUUGCAAAAAAUUAAUUGUCAAUAGCGUAACGCCUAAAGGUAGUUGUACCGGCCGCCAAGAACUGGUGUUGCUGUUUCUAAAGGUAGUCCUAAUGGUAGUUGUACCUGCCGGGAUUUGGCGCUAACUACGGCCCAGAGCUAAGUUAUAGGAUUUUUGAAGGUUUUAUAAAUUAAAUGAAAAUUGAUAAUAUAGGCCUAGCAACAUUUCAUAAAAAAACAGAUUACUAAUUAUAAUUAUGAAGUUGUGGGUACCCGUCCCUCUCCCCCUUCUCCUGACCCUCUGAAUAGUAGAUCAACAGGACAAUAAUCUGAAAAGGUGUAUAGGCUUACCAUUUGUACCAAGCUGUUCAUCAAAAGUGCAUAGUUCCUCUGGAGGUAUGUUGUAGGGGUUCUUAGUUGGGUUUGAUCCUUCAAUGAUUGCCAACACAACAAUAUUUACCAGGACAAACCAAAGUGUUCUUGGGACCAAAUUUUUUAUCAUGUCGCCUAAAUAACAAAAUAUCGUUUCAGUGUAGUAAGACUCGAGGCCGGAAUGGAGGGUAUAUAACUCUGAUCAUGACGUGAACACAUCACACUUGGACUCAAUAUCAAAGAACGCAGACUUGACACCUCUGGACUAAGGAAUUUAGGUCAAGUCUUGUACGAGUUCGCCACUUCAAUUUUCUUAUAAGUAAUAGCAUAGAAAGAAGCGAAUUAGCUAUUAAAAACAUCCCACCCGAUGGUCGUUUAGUAAAAUUCCCUUAGGCGCCGCCCGAUGAGGAUCAUUUAGUAAAAUGACCCGAAUCGAGCGGCGCUGCAACUUUUUUCCGUAGACAGUUAGACUGCUCUUUGAUAGUCGGACGCAUCAUUGAUUCACGCCCUCAAACCAAAUAUUCAGCAGAUACUUUUCUUAUUUGAUGCGCAUUUCAAGUGUGUCUUGCGCACGCAAUUAGUGAUUUCUAAAUAUUGUAUUGCUUGGUUGAGAUGUCAAAAUCAGGACACAUUGAGGAUUCAUCGCUUGUGUGGUGAUGACCUCUGACAUUUUAUUAAGUUAUAUUGCCAUAUUCCCACUUGCUUUUCUUUGCUUUUGUAACAGUUUUUUGUUACUUUUUUCUUUGCUUCUGCAAUAACUCUCUAUAAUAAACCAUUAUUAUUAUUAUUAUUAUUAUUAUUAUUAUUAUUAUUAUUAUUAUUAUUAUUAUUAUCAUUAUUAUUAUUAUCCUUCUUCUUAAACCCUGAAACCCUUUUACACGUAGUUGCUGGAUGUCAAACGUACCUCCCACGAUUUACAUGGAGACAUGAUUCUGUUCUGAACUUUAUAGGACAAACGCUACAACCUGUAAACAACUCCAAUCUUUUCGUCGAUCUUCCUGGUUAUAAAAGCCCAUCAAUUGUAACUGGUGACACAUUCCGCCCAGACCUACUUCUAUCUAUCAACUCGGAUUGUCUCUAUAUCCUUGAACUUUCUGUUGGCUAUGAGUCUAAUCUACAAACAAAUGUUGAUCGGAAAAGAAGAAGAUACGAAGAUCUCAUUACACAGCAAAAGAAACAAUUUAAGUCCGUAAAAUUUGUAAAUUUGUCAAUUAGUUCUUUAGGCGUUUUCUCAAAAGAAUGUCAUUCCUUUUUAGAUAUGUUAACUGAUCUAGGUCUUGAUAAAAGACACCAAUAUUUCGCUAUCAGGAAAAUUAUGUCUAUCGCGAUUAGGACAACAUAUUAUAUAUUUUGUUGCAGAGAUAAGGACUGGUUAAAUGCGGAAUUACUGAACAUUUAAGGAUACUCAUUAUUAAUAUAUAAAUAUUAAGUAGGUUCAAGUAGUAUAAAUUACCUAAAUUAGUGAGAUUUAUAAUUGUAUAUAUACGUAUAUAAUUUUAAUAAAGUUUCCAUUAUUAUUAUUAUUAUUAUUAUUAUUAUUAUUAUUAUUAUUAUUAUUAUUAUUAUUAUUAUUAUUAUUAUUAUUAUUAUUAUUAUUAUUAUUAUUGGAUUAAAUAUCAUUCUACCUUCAACCAAAUUCCUUCAAUGCCAAACUGUUUCUCGGAAAGCCCUAAAGUCGUCGCCAAAUGAAAUGAAGCGAUCAAUAACCUUUGGAAGGAUACUAGCAAUCACAAAAAUGUACAAUAUGACAAAUACAAAAACACCAAGGACGUAUUAAACACCAUCAGGAAACAACAUGAAGACAAGCUUCAACACCACCUCAUUUUACAAUGCUCAUUUUUCUCCAAUAUCAUUAAACAUUCUACACUCUCAUUCAACUCUAUAUGGUCCUCCGUUCAGAGUAAACUUCCCAAGAAUAUAUUUAACUUCACUAUCCGGUAUAUAAAUAACACUCUUCCGACUCGCAAAAACCUUCUGAAAUGGGAAAUAUCACCAACAUCCGAAUGUUCGUUUUGUUUGAAUCCAGAAUCACUUCUUCACGUCGUCGCUGGAUGCAAGACCUACCUAAAUGAAGGACGUUUCACGUGGCGUCAUGAUUCAGUGCUUAACUUCAUAGCAUCCAUACUUAAAUCUGUGAACCAUUGUAACCUUUAUGCUGACCUUCCUGGCUAUAUCAGUCCAUCUGUUAUCACCGGAGAUGAAUUGCGCCCUGAUCUUUUGAUAACACUUGAAAAUAAAUGUAUUUAUAUACUUGAACUUACCGUCGGAUUUGAAUCUAAUCUCCUCACUAAUGCAACUCGAAAAAGACAAAAAUAUCAAGAUCUAAUUAACGAACAGCUCAAAAAUUAUGAAAAAGUGAAAUUUGUAAAUUUAUCGAUUACCUCAUUAGGAGUUUUCAGCCACCCGUCGCUAGAUUUCACCGAAAUGGUGAAGUAUCUAAAGUUUGAUGAACAAUGUAGAAAGUACUAUGUUCGGAAAAUUAUUAAUAUAUGUAUCAGGUCCUCGUAUUAUAUAUUCUGUAAGCGUAACAAAGAAUGGGAUAACCCACAACUAAUGUCAUACUAAUAUUGUUAUUAUGUAGAGUGUUAAUUCAAGUAGACACUGGUAAACUACCUGUAAAGAGAGGUUUAUCAUUGUAGUGUGUAUAUAUAUUAUUGAAAGUAAUAAAGUUUCCAUUAUUAUUAACUGUGAACGGUUCUGCCCUCUACGCUGAUGUGCCUGGAUUCAAAAGUCCUUCAAUAAUAACUGGUGAUACGUAUCGCCAGGAUUUGUUGCUAUCGUUAUCAAAUGGCUCUCUUCAUGUGGUCGAGCUUACUGUUGGCUAUGAGACAAACCUCGAGAACAACGUUAAUCGGAAAAAAGCCAAAUAUAAAGAACUAGUAAAACAACUAGACGAAAAUUUUAACGGAUUAAACUUUAUAAAUCUUUCUAUGAGCUGCCUAGGUAUUUUUGCGCAAGAAUGCUCUACAUUCUUAGAAAUGUUAGGAAAUGUUGGUCUGGACAAAAACUACCAAACGUACUGUGUUAGAAAAAUGAUGACUAUUGCCAUUCGAAGUACAUACUAUAUUUUUUGCUGCCGAAAUAAGGAAUGAGAAAGUCCGGACUUGUUAACUAUUUGAAAUAUCUGAUUGUCUUGUAUAUUUAUAUAUUUUCAUCUAUUCUGUCUUAUCAUUUUUAUUAGUUCAUAUAGUUGUGAUCCAAAUAGCCAAUUGCAAGUUACCUUAAAUUAGUGAGAUUUACAAUUGUAUAUAUAUAGUAUAUAACAAAAUUAUUAAAGUUUCCAUUAUUAUUAUUAUUAUUAUUAUUAUUAUUAUUACCAACCCGUAAAAACCUUCAAAAAUGGGGACUCUCCUCGUCCUCUGAAUGCUCGUUUUGCCUUAAACCUGAAUCUCUGUUACACGUUGUUGCUGGCUGUAGUUCCUAUCUUGAUCGAUUUACUUGGAGACACGACUCAAUCCUAAAUUUUAUUGUUAAUAACCUCCCAUCAGAACAUAUUCAGACCAUUUAUGCUGACUUACCGUCAUUCCCUAAUCCCUCUAUUAUUACUGGUGAUGACCAUCGUCCUGAUCUAUUAAUUUUGACCAAAGACAAUUGUCUUUAUGUACUCGAACUAACCGUUGGAUAUGAGACUAACCUGAGGAAUAAUAUACAGCGCAAAUAUUCAAAAUAUAAAGAAAUGAUCGUAGAACAAAAGAAAAAAUUCCGGCCGGUAAAGUUCAUUAACCUGUCAAUCAGUGCACUCGGUGUUUUUAAAAAAGAAUCUUCACAUUUCGUACAAAUGUUGGAACAUUUGAACUCAGAUAAACUGCCGGUGUUAAAUAUAUCAUUAGGAAAAUAAUUAACAUUGCAAUAAGAACGACAUAUUACGUUUUCUGUUCUAUAGAAACAAGGAUUGGUCGAAUCCAGAUCCAGUUAAUGAACUUCUAGUUAGUCUCUUACUUUUGGUAUCAUAUAAUUAUGUCCAUGUGUUAUGUAAAUGUAGUAAUAUAUAGCGUAUCAAGUAGCCAAUUGUAAAUUACCUUUAACAGUGAGAUUUUCAAUUGUAAGUGCAUAAAAAAUUAAAUAAAGUUUUCAUUAUUAUUGUUAUUAUUAUUAUUAUUAUUAUUAUCAUUACCAUUAUUAUUAUUAUUAUUAUUAUUAUUAUUAUUAUUAUUAUUAUUAUUAUUAUUAUUAUUAUUAUUAUUAUUAUUAUUAUUAUUAUUAUUAUUAUUAUUAUUAUUAUUAUUAUUAUUAUUAUUGCUCCUCAAUCGCUUUACAAGCUGGUGUCAGUGGGCUGAAAUGAUAAUACGUGUAGAAAAAUGUUCAACAUUUGGCAUUAGGAAACAAUUAACCAAAUCCAUUCAAUAUCUCCCAAAACUAUUUAUAAAUAACUGUCUUGUACCACGUGUAGAGCUUGGUAAAUCGUUUCGCUACUUAGGUAGGUCGCUAUUUUGAUUUCAACAUGUCCGACGAAGAUCACAAAUCUGAAGUAUAUGACACACUUACUUAUAUCCUGAAUGAAAUUGAUGAUCUACCAUUACAUCCGAAAAACAAAAUUCUCUUAUACAGUCGUUAUGUGCUUUCCAAAAUCUCUUGGCACUUCACUGUUUUGUUUCUGACACAGGCAAAACCUGGGUUAACGAUAAACUAGAUAGUAUCGCGUCCACGUAUAUCCGAAAAUGGCUUGAAUUUCCUAUUUCUGCAACCCUUAGUAAC